UGAUUCGCUGAAAGUGUCGUAAAACGGACACGAUCCUAACUCAGAUGCAGCGCUCGGGUUGCCUUUGUAAAUAAAUGUAGAGUUUCAUGAAAGUUGGUCGUAAAAACACCAAUUUUGUUUAGGGAAGCGGCUUAAUAAUUUUGGAAUUUGCACAUAAUUCAAUUCCCUGGGGUGAGAAGAUGCCGAGAUGGACGCAGCAGGAGAAGGGCGGCUUGUGACACUGACCGGCUGCCUCGGUGACAGCUAGAUGUCCCCUGCGUGACAGGACACGACCAAAGCUAAUGGAGAUUGUUGACGACGACGACGACGUGCCUCUCAUCCUCACUUGGGACGAUGCAAACAGCGGUUUACUCAACGAGGAGCCGGAGAGGGGAGACGAGAAUGGAGGUGGAGGGAAUUAUGACAUUGUGAGUAACGCUGUGGUGUCAACACCCGGGCCUCAAACCCACCGAGCGCACAGUGUGUCUUUACGGCAAAGUUGGGAGAUGAACUACCAGGAGGCUGCCAUCUACCUACAGGAAGGAGAAAACAAUGACAAGUUCUUCACCCAUCCCAGAAACCCCAAGGCACUGGCGGCAUACCUUUUUGCACACAACCACAUCUUCUACAUGAUGGAGCUACUUAUAGGCCUCCUGCUCAUGGCGCUGUCGCUCUGCGAAGCUCCCGCGGUGCCAACUCUGCGCCUGGACGUCUAUAUCCACGCCACCCUGGAGCUGUUAGCCUUAGUUAUGGUGGCAUUUGAGCUGUGCAUGAAGCUCCGUUGGCUGGGAUUCCACAUCUUCAUACGACACAAGAGGACAAUGGUGAAGACAUGUGUGUUGCUGCUGCAGUUUGUAGAGGCCAUAGUGGUUCUGGUCCGACAGACAUCCCACCUACGAGUGACCAGAGCACUCAGACCAAUUUUCCUGGUGGACUGUAGAUACUGUGGUGCUGUGCGCAGAAAUUUGCGGCAGAUCUUCCAGUCCCUCCCGCCAUUUAUUGACAUCCUCCUCCUGCUGCUCUUCUUCAUGGUCAUAUUUGCUAUUUUGGGUUUUUGUCUGUUUUCUACAAACGCAGCAGAUCCGUACUUCAACACUCUGGAGAACAGCAUGGUCAGUCUGUUUGUGCUGCUGACCACAGCAAACUUCCCUGAUGUGAUGAUGCCAGCGUACUCAAAGAGCAGCUGGUCCUGUGUGUUUUUUAUCGUGUACCUCUCCAUCGAGCUCUACUUCAUCAUGAACCUGCUCCUGGCAGUUGUGUUCGACACGUUUAAUGACGUGGAAAAAAUGAAGUUCAAAUCUCUGUUGCUUCACAAACGCUCUGCUAUUGACCACGCUUUUCAGCUCUUAGUCAGUCGCCAGAGGCCAUUGGGUGUCUCUCUGAAACAGUUUGACGGCCUGAUGCGAUUUUACAGACCACGGAUGUCUGCAAGGGACCGCUUCCUCACCUAUAAAGCUCUUAACACGUCUGGAGCGCCGAUGCUAAGUCUGGAAGACUUUUAUAAGUUCUAUGAGGUGACUGGACUUAAAUGGAAGGCACGGCGGAGUGGAGAAUAUUGGUUUGAUGACCUCCCACACACAGCAUACCUUAUUUUCAAAGGCAUCAACCUACUUGUGAGGUCUAAGGCCUUCCAGUACACCAUGUAUGUGGUUGUGGCCAUCAAUGGCGUGUGGAUCCUUGUGGAAACGUAUACGUUGCACACUGGAUUCUCCUGGUCUAGGCUGGUUCCCUGGAGUUACAUUGUCUUCCUUACAAUUUAUGGUGUUGAAGUCCUAUUGAAGUUAUCAGGUUUGGGACCAUUAGCUUACUUCAGCUCUGGAUGGAACCUGUUUGAUUUCUCUGUGACCGUGUUCGCCUUCCUGGGCCUGAUUGCACUAGCCUUUGACAUGGAGCCUUUCUACUUCAUCGUUGUGCUCCGACCUUUUCAGCUGCUCAGGUUGUUUAAGAUCAAGCAGAGGUAUCGCAACGUGUUGGACACCAUGUUUGAGCUUUUCCCCAGGAUGGCCAGUCUGGGCUUAACUUUGAUCAUCUUCUACUACUCUUUUGCCAUUGUGGGCAUGGAGUUAUUUGCUGACGUCGUUUACCCCAACUGCUGCAACACCAGCACAGUGGCAGACUCCUACAGGCAGAUUAACGUCACCUAUGGCAACAAAACCGUAUUGGAAGAAGGCUACUAUUAUCUAAACAACUUCAACAACAUUCUCAGAAGUUUUGUGACUCUUUUUGAGCUGACUGUGGUCAACAACUGGUACAUCACAAUGGAAGGCGUGACGUCCAUGACAAGCCACUGGAGUCGUUUGUACUUCAUGACCUUCUACAUCGUCACCAUGGUGGUCAUGACCAUCAUUGUGGCGUUCAUCCUGGAUGCCUUCGUGUUCCGCAUGAACUACAGCCGCAAGAACCGGGAAACACUGGAGAACCCAGAAGCUGAGAAUGGAAUCGUGUUUGAGGUGGAAGUUGGCAGAGAAGAAGCUCUUUCCACUCUGGAGUUGUACAAACUAACGUGUCCUGCACAGUCGUCUCUCAGCUCGCUGCACGGAGUCAUACAGGCCAUCGACCGUAGUGGGAGUGAGCUGCCUUCAUCCCUCCUGGUGUACCAAGGGAGGAGGUCCAGGACCAAGUGUGACCUCAGCAUGAAAAUGUAUGCAGAGGAAAUGCAGGAAUGGUAUUUGGAGUAUUCAAGGGAAAACCUUCCUCAACCAGACCAAAACCGGGAACACGACUUGGACAGUCCUACCUCCAACCCACCUUUUGUCCCCGCACCUCGGCUGGAUUCACAAAGCGGACAUUACAGUAUUAACUAACGUAGCGACACGCUUGUCUUUUGGGCCGCUGUGAGUUGACAAUAUGGUGACUUUUCUCAGGACUUGGACAGACAAGUGGUACAUUUUGACCAGAGACGGCAGCGUGUUAAUAUUAUUACACUACACGAUGUACAGUACAUACACUCUAUGAGGCUCCUUUCAUUAAAGUCUCGAUUAUUCUGUAUAUACAAAAAA